GGGGGCGGAGUCGAGGCCCUGGGUAGCGGGAGACCAGUUUGGCGGGCGCGGGAGGGAAGCGCCGGCUGAGGGCGUGGAACCUCUGCUGGAGGGUUCUGACCCGGUUCCCGCGUAGGGAGCUUGGAGGCGCCGGUCUGGCUCGCAGCGGAUAGACCUGCGGAGUGUGGGGCGGCGUCCGGCGUUCUCGCACCCCCGGGCAUUUCCCCCCCACCCCCACCCCGGCGUGAUCAGACUGGGGUCGCGGUCCCCACCCUGAUACUGAAUCGGAGUGUCUGGGUGGCGCCCCUGACUGCUUUUCAAGUCUUCUCAGGCGAAUCUGAUGCUUGGCAAAGGUUGAAGCCUAGCCCACGGUUUCAGACCCGCGUAGCUGGAGCGCCGUGUUGGCUCCCUCAGGGUCCGGGUAACCCCCCAGGACAGCCACUGCAGGGAGGGUGGUCAGCUUUGCAAGUCUAGGUUUUAUCAGAUGCCCCCACACAGAUCUGGGGUUGGAGAACGGACAUGGGCCUUGCAAAACUGGUUGGCCUUGUGACCUCAAGGGCGGACACUCCUCGCUGUUGGAAGGCAACUGGGAUGUUUAUAAGGACGAGUCCUGCAAAUUUCUGAUUGGUUCCAGAAUUGUCCCACAGAUACUAAAGUACGCAAAUGCUGAAGUCCGUUAUAAAAUAACAGAGUAGUAUUUAUGUAUAACCUAAGCAUAUACUCCUGGCCAAAUUACAUCAUCUGUAGAUUACUGAUACCGUGUAAAUGCUAUAUAAAUAGGUGCUGGUAUGCUGCAAAUUCAGACUUUGCUUUUGGGAACUUUAUGGAACUUUUAAAAUUUUGACCAGGAUUGACUGACUGAGCAAGUGGAACCCAAAGAUACUAGAGGGCCAACUAUAUAAUAACCUAAAAAAUGUCAGGACCUCUGAAGGCUUACCGUUACGUUAUGUUCCAUGUGAACAACAGAGAUUAAGAGAAAAAUAUGUUCCCUGUAAAUUACGGGUAGUGAAAGUUUUGUGUUUAUAAUGCCAAAUAGAUAUUGACUGCAACUGUCUGGUUUGCUGAGAAAGAUGACAUAAACCCCGAAUUGCAGAUUGAGGAAUAGACUUUGAAGGAUAACUUUUUCAAAACUGCAUAGCUGUUGCUGGAAUAGGGACCAAAACUGAUUGUUUAAAAUAUGUUGCCUUUGCCACUUUAACAGCCUGGUUUUCAACUAUGAUAUCUCUGUGUGACCUGUACAAUUCAUUCACUGAGCAAAUAGUUAUUGAGUGGCUACUGUGUCAACAACAAAGAGACACUGCUCUAGGUGCUAGGGAUACCACGGUGAACCAAUUAAUCUCCCCCCCCCCCCAUCCCCACUUCCCAGCUAAUAUUCUGGGAGUCAACGGUCAGUUAAAGAAAUAUGUACUCUAAUUUUAGGUAUUGAGACAUACCAUGUUUUACAGAUAGGCAAGCUAAGAGGAUAGGGAAUGGUGGUGGGAGGCAGGAGAGUGCUGUUUUAGAAAUGUGUUAAGAGGAAAUUCCCUCUGGGGAACCUGAGGUGCGGAAACCUGAAUGAAGAGAGGAAGUUAGGGUAUAAGAGAAAAAAGCAAGGAUUUGGUUUGAGCAACUGAAAAGGUGAAGUUCCAUUACUGAGCUAAAAUAAGUUUUUAGAUGCAUCUUAAAUGUCUGAUAUUUAUAUAAAUGAGAUCUGUGAUAUUUAAAUCCAUGAAAUUGGAAGUGUGCCCAAUACAUGAAUGAGUGUAGGUAGAGAGAUGACUGAAGGCUGAUACCUAGGACACUUCAGUGUUUAGAAUUCAAGGAGAUAUGAGGAAAAACCAGAAAGGAAUACUGAAAAGAGUCCAGCGUGUUAUGAGAAAAACUUUGACAGCAUGCGGCCUUAGAAGACAAGAAAGUGUUUCACAGGAAAAGAGGGCAGCCCCUCAUAUUGAACAAUUCAGAUUUCUUCUGGGAACUGAACUUGGAGUUGGAAUUUUCUCUUGUGCCUGAUAUGGUAAACAUUUAUGGUUUUUACUUUCCACUAAAUGAAGCAUAGCCUACUGUAUUUUUCUAAUGUUCAGUGGGCAGCUUCUUCUGUUUUCUGGCUAAACUGUAAGGAUCUGACGUGGAACCUUUGCAGAGACAUUGUUGUGGACGCUGGCCAGACCUCAGCAUCUUUUCCUGACCACUCUAUGAAAACUCUUCUUGGAAGCACCUUGGUUCACCAUUAGUAGAUCUGGUUCAUGCUUCUUUUAUCUCCAGCAUGUCAAGCCCUUUCCAGUUUUUAAGCCACUCAAAUCCAGGGAAGCUGGCUAAUGCCCAAAGCAAAGGGCCCCGCAAGGCUAAGCCGUUGGAAGUAAAAAAAAAUUUAUCAGCUUACACAUCUCGGAAAAAUAGUUCAGGGGCUUGUCUUAACCCACCUCUUGAAGUGGUUCCCACCAGGAACCCAGUCAAGUGCACCAAAACGGCAACUGACUCAGUCCAUCCUGACCUUGCUGGUUUGUUGGUGAAAAACAAGAAUCUUUUAGCUGAGCUAAGAAAUCUUCGAAACAAACUUUUCAUAAAAGAAACUUCAUUGCAAGAGAUGAAGAGUGAGCUAGAAACUUACAAAGAAAAUAAUGUGCAACAGUCAUUCCAGAUAAUGUCCCUGAAAGACGAUAUCAAGGACUUAGAGGAACUUACUGCUUCUCUAACCAGAAUUAAAUCUUUGAAAAACACCAGUAUUCAGAGUCUUGAAAGAGGCAACUGGGAUCUAACUGAAAGAAUUACAGAACUAGAAAAUCUUCUAAGAGUACAUCUGAUUGAAAGAAAAAGAGCAGAGCAAAAAGCAGACCUUUUGGAGAAAAAGUUAGCAGGUGCUAACAGAUUCACCCCUUAUAUGAGUAUGAAAGAACAAGAAGAUUCCUUGGAUAGUUUCAUGACAAAGGAUAAGGAUGAAGCUAUCCUGUUUGAGAGAGACAACACUUUUCGCUCUGAAGGACCAAAAGAUGGACAGAAAAUUUGGGAUAAGUGUCAACAAGAUUUGAUCCAUAAGGAAAAACAAAUACCUGAGUUAGAUAGACCUACACAUUCAUACAACUGGGAAACUAAAACAGCGCGAUCCAACUAUCAGAAAUUCCUCAGUCAGCUGUCUGCUCUUCCCAGCAACAGUGUUGAACCCACACCAGCCAUAGAGGAAGCUGUGAAAGAGAGGAUUCUGGAGACUGGUGCAAAUGAGCAAUCUUGGAAGUCUAGAGCUGAAGUCCUCCAGCAGGAAAUUCAGAUGCUCACUAAGCGACUGGAGAAGCAAUCUCAUCACUCUGAAGAAACUGCUAGAGAACUAUCCAACACUGAGAAAAAGUAUAUGGGACAAAAAAGACCCUUGAAAUGUCUGGAAGGAAAAAUUGCUAUUAAUGACCUUUUUCAAGGGAAAUUAGAUUUGGACAUGAACAAAAUUUUCCAGGUGGAUAAGCAUGGCAUAGCAUUCAAGCAGCUAGAGAAAGACAACAAGCAAGAAACAUUACUGAAUAUUCAGCAGAAUUUUCAGACUGUUACAACUCAAAGAUUAGAGGAGAAAAUUCAGAAACUUCAGAAACAGCUCAGUGACUUGAAAUUGUCAAAUAAAAAUAUGAAAUCUCAACUGACAAGAGUAAAUAUCCUUAAAGACAAAACAAUUGAGAAGCUCAGGGAAUCUCUAACAAAAGUUGAAGCAAUGAAAGGGAAGGCAGCUAUGGAAACAGACCUGAACAUUACAGUAGACUCUGAUGAGCAAGAAGCAAGAUGGGGUAAAAAGAAGGUCCAUCAAAUGUUAGAAACUGCCACUCCUGAGCUCAGCACAGCAAAGAGCACACUUGAAGAAGUACCGGGAAAACAAGAAGAGCUUGUUGACUUUCGAGAAACUAUUAUGAAGAUGUUGGGCUUUAACAUGAAAACAGCAGACAAGAAAAUCAUCAACCACCUAAGGCUUAUUAUACAAGUAUAUGAAGCAUCUGACAAAUCAAAGAUGGCUUCUGAGCGUGAGACUGGACAGGAUAAUGAAUAAAGAAUUUCUGCCAACAAGAACUCACAAAUAUGGACAUUUCCUCUAGCGUCUUGAAUAUGGUUACAUUAUGAAUA